GCUGGAUUACACUAGCCGUUUAUAUAGUGUGGAGUAUCGACGUCUUUCUUUUGACAGCUACGUGAGUUUAUGAGACGAUACGUGAACCUACAUGAUUUCCUGACUUUAUCGUAAUAUAGAAUACUGAAUAUCCAUAAAUGUAACGCCCCUUUAUGUAGUUUAUUUCGUACGGUCCAAUGGGCCGUUUUCGGUGCGUUACACUUCGACUGCUGCGUUUCCCUCCUGUGCUUAUAUUAGAGCUACCUGCGGAAUAUACACAUAAUCAACUUUGCAGUAUUUUCUUAAUCCGGAAAUGAAGCGGACCGGUGGACAGAACGGCUUCAAGAGGAACCGAGCGUGAAGACAGGACGGGCGUGGUUUGCGUGUGCACGUGCGUGUGAGGCCGAGGUCAUGCUUGUGAGACAGUGUGAGAGGAAAAACUGAAUGAGUGAAUAAGUGAAUGAGUGAGUGAGUGAUAUCAUGUCUGUCUCGGCCAAACACGAAAGGACAGUGUGCGUCUUCCUCCCCACCAAAGAGACACUGGACAUCACUGUAGGGCUGAAGGCCACAGGACAAGAGGUGCUGAAGUGUGUGUCAGUGCUUCUCGGUGUAAAAGAACUCCACUUCUUUGGCCUGACAAUGGUCAAGGACAACGAGCACAUGUUUCUGGACCUGGACGAGAAACUGGCCAAGUACUUCCCCAAGGAAUGGAAGCGGGAUUCAGAAAAGGGGUCCCGGAAGAGGUGGCUACCCCCGCUUCUUUGUCUCAAAGUGCAGUACUACGUGGAGAAUGGAAGGCUGAUCCGUGAGCAGAAGGUAAGGAGGCUCUACUACGCUGACCUGAGAGAGCGAGUGCUGAGAUCGGAGUGCAGGCAGCAGGAGGUGGUCUACUUCCAGCUCGCAGGCUACGCCCUCCAGGCCGACCGGGGAGACCACACUCCGGAAGCCCUCGGACCUCGAGGUGCCUCUUACUUCCAACCCAAGGACUACUUUCCUCCCUGGAUCGUGGCCAAGCGUGGCGUGGAGUACCUGCUGCGUCACGCUCCCGAGGUCCACAGGGAGCUGUGGGGGCUGACCUCGCGGGACGCCACCCUCCUCUUCAUCAGGGAUGCCUGCUGCCUGGAAGAUGUGCCCCUCACGCUCUACAGACUCCAGAAGAACAAGAGAGAUGAGAGUGGUUCAGUCCUCCUGGGACUCACCCUUCGAGGAAUGCACAUUUAUCAGGAGAUGAACAACGUGCGAGAGUUGGUUUACGACUUCCCCUGGUCUAACGUGGGACGACUCACCUUUCUGGGCAAGAGGUUCGAGAUCCAGCCCGACGGCCUGCCCUCGGCCAGGAAGCUGGUGUACCACACAGGCACGGCCUUCCGCUCACGCCACCUCCUCCUCCACUUGAGCGGAAGCCACCGCCUUCACCUCAGCCUGCAGCCUGCCCUCAGAUACCUGCGUCAGCUCGAGGAGGCCGAAGAGAAGAAGAGGUACCGCGAGUCCUACAUCAGCGACGACGCGGAGCCGGAGACGCCGCGCUGCGACGACGGCGGCGGCCUGCGCCUUUCCGGCCACUCCACCUGUAGCUCCGGCAUCGAGGCCGACGGCCAGCGGGGCGGCAUCGCCGCGGAGAUGACCCCCGGGGGAGAAGCCUUGGCCUUGAGGCGGGCCGAGAAGUCGUCCGGCUCGACCGCCAGCCGCGGUUCCUCCCACACGUCCGGCGUCGACACGGGCAGCAAGGCCCACAACGAGGAAGAUGAGUGGGCGAAGGAAGAAGUGCCGGAGCACAUUAACGAACCCGGAGAAGUUUCUGUGGAUGAUCCUGAGGAAAUGCUGCAAUUGGCUGAGCUCCUAGAGGGUGUGUCUGUGGACAGCCCCUCCCUCAACUCAGAUGUGAGCUCAACAGCCAAACAUGUCAACCUCGGUCAGGUGACUGAUGGUCGGGUCAAAACCAGGGACUGGGACCCCGUAGAGCAGGUUCUGAAAUGGAGGUCCCAUGGUUUGACCGAGGGGCACGACCUGAGUUUGGACGGCAUGCACCAUGCGGGUCCUGCUCGUAUGCUGAGCACGUCUGGGGUCCUGCAUGCCCCGGGCUGUACUGAGGCGGUCUCUGACCCAGCGAAGCCCUCCUUUUACGGGCGACGCUCCUCGAACUGCCUGGCCCUGGACCUGCUGGGGGAAGAACAGCUUCUGGAGCUCCUACUGUGAUAACCGACCAAACCGCCGUCACCUCGGCGCGCACGGCCGCCGUCUUCAACGUGGAGGCAAGGCGGGAUUUGGGGGAGGGGCCGAGCUGUCAACACAUCUGCGGAGACGCCCUGUCUUUGGCACAUCGGCACUCGGGCGUACCUUAUAGAGGCAACAGCUGCUGGAAUUCUUCGAAAUGUUCUUUCUGAACUGGCUGCUCUUUCAGUUUGCCUUGGGCAGAAACUGAAUUUCACGGCAGUUUGUUUUAUGUUCGGUCAGACAGCUGGGAGCUGUAGAAAGCGCCCCAUUGAGUUCAGCUGGGUUGUCUGUUUCCAGCCAGUGCAUGAUAUACCAUGGAAUCCAAGCAUGACUGAAAAUGGGAAAUGUUUCAUACAGGACCUUUGCUGACAGCCUAAUUUGACCUUAGUUGACACAUAUACAGGAUCUUUUUGAAGAACCACUGCAUUUCUGUUUUUUAAUGUGAAUGUAGGUUACAUUUUCACAUAUACAAGCUGUAAUGUUUUAUGUUUGUUUUUGUUUCUACGGCAUGCUUCAUGUUUUAUUUUUUAAGUCAUAAUCUGUGAAUCUGUAUAAAAAUUAGUUGAAUGAAAUGUGAAUACGGACCCAGCGGGCUGGUCGUUUCACUGUACACACUUCUCUGAAUUAGUUUUUUCAGCUCAGGGUUGGGUGGGGCGGUUUAGAGAAGCCCACGCAGGCACGCGCAAAAGACGCCUUUACACGAGCUGGAAAUCGAAUCCGGUGAGGCUGCAUUGGCUCAUUGAAAGGAAAGACAUCGUGCAUUAUAAAAAGCGAGA